GUGUUUUUUUCUGCAAAAAAGUUAAUUUAUUCCAUGUUAUUAUUUAGCAUGAAUGAAUUCAAAUGCUAAAUAACAAAAAUGAUAAAAUUGUGAAAUGCAGGAUAACUUCUCAAGCAUUCCUGAUGAUUUGCCAUUAUCAAAUAACUUUGGUUGUUAUAAUGAUUCAAUGCUUGGAAAUAUUAAUGCAAUAAUUCAUCAUGCUGAUGAAAAUGAAAUUCAGCGUGAAUUAGGUUUUUAUCUACUAGAUGAAAGUGUAUUGGAUCCUAUAAUUAACUUAGAUGCUUCAGAUCCACCUUCAAAUUCAGAUGAAACUGUGAACAUUCCUAGGGAAUUAUUAGAAAAUGCAACACAUUCUAAUAGUUUGUUUGAAGUUGCAAGUAUUGAUAAAAGAAAGAAAUCGACUAAGAAAACAAAGAGAAAAUCGAAAACAUUCAAAGGUGAAACAGAAAUUUUCAACCUGGAGAAGAGCUUUAAAAAGGAAAGGAGGUACAUCAGUCAAGCAACAGUCACAGCUUCCACAGAUACUUCUAAAUUAAAAUCUGAUAAAGUGGAGCCUAUUCCUAAACUAAUAAUUAAGUUGACUCCUAGACCAACUGUGCCCGAUACAUCCAACAGUUAUUUUGCUCCUACUAUUGCAGAUAAAGUGAAAAUGGGGCGAAGACGACAAACCAACAAAUUAACUGAUUAUGAGUUUUCUAGCAUGCUUCAAACCUUUGAAAAAACACAAAAAAAGUCCAGGAAACGUCAAAAGAGCCCAUUAAGCUCUGUUAAUGAUAAAAUAUCUUCCUCAAAGUGUGUUGAACAAAGCAAUUGUUUUAAAAUGACAAAUGUUGAGGAAAGUCAAUCAUCUUGCCAGGAAAGGAAUAUUGGAAACCAAUCAAAUUCAAUGUUGUCUAUCUCUUCGCAAAGCUCAAAUGUUGCUGUAAAUGAAGUUGCCAGUGACUCACUUAUCCGUUGCUCUUACAACAAUCAAUCAAGUUAUGGGGAAAACCCUCUUAAUGUAGAAAAACCCAUUUCAGAAACUGGCAAAUUGAUAAAUACAGUGAAGAAUGUUGGUGUCAGUCAGAAUUUGGGAAAAGUACUUAUCAAAAAAGAGAUAAAUGUUCCAGAAAAUAAUAAACAAAGGCAUAUAAAAAAAGAAAAUAAUGAAUUGGAAGCAUUUGAAAAUUUUUCAGUUGAAAGUUGUAUUGAAAUUGUUAAAGAAGAACCGUUAUAUGAAGAAAGCGACUUAUUUACUGAACUCUUUGAUCCAGAUGUCAAUAAUUUUUUCGCUAAUGAAAGUGUUCUUACAGAUGAACUAGAAAAAGCAAUUUUUGAUGAAGAGCAUAACCGAGCAACUAUGAAUGGGUUUGAUCUUGAGAAAAGUAAUACAAUUUUUCAUUCUGAUCUAUUUGAUAAUCAAAUUCCUCCUAAGAGCAAUUGUAAAAAAGUUAUUAAUAAUGUUAGUUAUGAGAGAACUAACUUGAAUUUGUCUGAAGAAAACAGCAAGUGUCUGAAAACAGAUUGUUAUGUUUCAAACAAUCUGCCUUCUGCUGAAACACCGUGCAAAUCAAAAAUUUCACAUGAAAUUAGUUUGUCAAGUCCUCCUAUUACCUCCAAAGUUGUGUUGGAAAGUAUUGAAGUUUCGACUCCAGAACUGGAACUAGAAUUGCAUGAACAUGAUAGUCCAGAUAGUAGAUAUCCUCUUCCUGUAGAUUCUCAACAAGUGCCAUAUUCAAGUGAAGUUUUUGAUGUAACUCAAGUACUAAAUGAAAAAAGUUUUAAAGCAAACAAUGUCUUGAAAAAGGAAAACUUUCAUCCUGGAGAAAUUCAUUCCUAUGAUACAGUUUCCCCGUUACAUCCAAAUAUAUCUCGUAGAAGAAAAUUGAGCAGUAGUAGUAGCUCUUGUAGCCAGUCUUCUUACAGUUGUUACAGCAGUAGUGAAUUGCCAAAUUCAUCUUCAUCACCAAAUUCAUGUUUUUCUCCCGGAAAAAGGCAGAGGAGAAAUUCAAGAUCACUUUGUAACUAUGACAAAAAGCAUUCAUCUAGGCAUUUUAGAGCUGAUGCCGUUUCAUGUACAAAUUACGAAAACCACGUUGGAAGUCCUAAAAAUUCUCCCCAAUGUCCGCUUGAUAAUCAAGACAAUUUUCGAUGUAGGAAUGUGUCUGGUAGCAGCUCAAGCAGUCAAAGUAGUUCCCCAACUGUUAGGGAUCAUAAUCAUUAUAGGUCACUGUCCAAGUCUUUCAGUCGGGACAAAACAGGCAAUUCUCGCUCUCGCUCAAGAAGCCCUAGUCAUUCAGAAAAAUACAGAUCUAGUUCAAAGUGGAAAAGCUCAUCAAGCUCAAAUACUCACAGAUAUCAAAUUGACCAAAGGGAGAACUUUGAAGCUAUUGAAGAAAGGCGUGUGCUCUAUGUUGGUGAUAUUCCGCCUGGUUACACUGUUAAAAUGUUAACAGAAAGAUUUAGUCGCUUUGGUCCUAUAGAAGAUGUUCAGAUAAAAUCAAAAAUUACUAAUUGUGUGCAAAAAAUAUUUGGAUUUGUGACCUUUAAACGGAAAGCUGAUGCAUUUCAAGCAAUUGAAAGGGGUAAUGAUAAUCCACUUGCUCCCAAGUUUGAUUUAAACUUUGGUGGAAGACGUCGCUUUUGCAACGGAGAUUAUACUGAUUUGGAUGGAAAAGUUGCUGAAGUGGAAGGUGGAUGGUAUGAUUAUAAACCUAAGCCUGCAGCCAAAGAUGACGAUGAUGUUUUUGCUAAAUUAUUAGCAAAAGAAAAGGCACGUCAAGAAUCUAUAAAGAAAAAGAAAUAGCAUUAAUGUUUAAUCUCUGGAGAUAAAUAAUGCAUUGAAGUGUAAUGAAAUAUUUUUAAGGACUUAUGUUUGUUUCCUUAAAAUUUUUCCUGAGUUGUUUUAAAAUUACCUUAAAUACCUGUAAUUUUUUAUGCAAAUACUUUUAUAUGAGGAAAAAAUCAAAUAUUAUAAUUUUUAUUGCAAUUUUGCCGUACAUCUAUUCACUUAAAUACGAAUCACUACCAUAUGCUGAAGCAUUGGUUGGAAAUCUCUUUAUUACUUUUUACUUAGUGAAUAAUUCAAUUGUGAAAUUUAAUUUUGCAUCUUAAUGUGUGCAUCAAAAAAUAAUAUUUUUGAAAACUUUUUUUAAUUUUUUAAUAUUUAACAUUAUGAUAUUUCUGCUUGUUUUCAAUUUUUGGUGAACUAAAUUCAAAACAUUUGCUAACUUUUAAUGCUAAAAUUAUUGAGCAUUGUGACAUAAUUCCUGUUCAUAUUGUCCAUUUUUGUACAGUUGAUGUAUUUUAUUUAGGAUAUAUUUUGUGUAAAAAAUUUAUUUUUACUGUGUAUAGAUUGUUUUAUGGAUAAUGUUUUUAACACUAAAAUUUACCUAUUUGAAAAAUUCUGCAUGUUGUUAAAAUUAACUCGUAUUUAAUUUAUUUUUGUUUAUUAGUGUUUUAUUUGACAGAAAUUUUAUUUUUUUUAUGGAAUGAAAAACCGGUUUCUCAAGUUCAUCCUAGAUUAUUUGUUAAGAAAAAAUUCUUUACUUCUAUUUAUUUAUCUUUUCCCCCAUAGGGGGAUAAAACUAUAAUAAGGUGCUUUAUUAUUUUUUCUUUUUUUAAGGAGUUAUGUACAAGACACUUUUUGUUCUUAAUUGAAUAACUGAAUAUUUGCUUGUCAUUGGCUUGAUCUUUCACCUCUAAAUAUUUUUAGUAACAAUGUCAAAUGAUUCAGAUAACUUUUUUUAAAAUAACAUUUUGGAAUUUCACAGUACAAUCAACCCUUGAUAUCUCUUAUCUCCUUAUCUCAAAACCCUUGAUGUCUCAAAAAAAAAAAAAAAAAAAUCCCCUGUAUUUUCCAUAGUUAUCUUGAAAUUUAUUUUUCAAAACCCUUGAUAUGUCCAAAUUUUUGAACAGAAACAAAUUUCAAUAUUUGUUUUUCUUUGGAAUUUUUUUUAUUGUAAAACCAGUUCCAGAGAUAAUUGCUUAACGUUUUUCAUCCCUUUUCUUAAAAAUUUUGAGAAUAGGGUAUUGGGCUAGAAUAAUAGGAAAGUGUGGGUAUGAGGACAGUGCUGUAGUUAUUUUUACCUCAGAAUUUUCCCCAGGGUUUAAUCUUUAUGCAUUCCUUUCGAGCAUGUUGUCCACUUUGAGGAUAGAUGUCGAUUUUUUGUCUGUUUUCAAGCAAAAACGGAAAAUGCGUUCCUCAUUUUCAUCAUUCUGCUUUUUUAACUCCUACAAAAUGGAAGAAAACCUUUUUGGCUGUGGAGAGCUACUGGUUGAAGAUAAAAUUAGAAUUUUUAGGUGAAAAAACAAAGUUGAAUUUGUUGUUCAUUUCAAAAUCUCAUCCUGUGGUCUUUCGACAAUUAUAAAAUUUCAAAUCUUGUAAAAUUUUAAAACCUAACUUAUUGAUCAUAAUUUGAAGUGUAUAGCAUACAUGUAUUGUGAGAAUUACUAGUGUAAUUUUUUUCAAAACCUUGAUAACUUGACAUCUCAGAUUUUUUUCCCGUCCCGAGAGAUUCAAGAUAUUGAGUUUGUACUGUAUUUCAAAAUGACUGGAAUUUAUCUAAAUUUUCUCCUUGUUUUUUUAAGCAAGAUUAACAUUAAUCCUCAGUAUAAAUCAAAAUAUGUGACCUUGUGACAGAGUACAUUAACUUGAUAAAAUUAAAAGUGUACCUUUUGUGAUAACUGAACGUUAAAAAGCUUUUCUUUUUACUAGGUUAUGUGUUCAAACAAUUAUUCUUUUUUUUUUAAUUGUCAUUUUUAGCAGUUUGUUUAACCAUUAAUAAUAUAAAAAGCAUUCAACAAUAUUUGUAAGUGCAUGAAUUACAAAUACUUGUUUUACAGUUGCAAGGAGUUCUUCUGUGCAAAGAAAUGAGCUUAUAGAUAAAAAGAUGUCUGACAGAAAUCGCAAAACCAUGCUAUUUGAAUUAGUGCAUUUAAAAUAUUAUUUUAUGUUUUAAACUUUUUGCACAAAUGAGUACAAUUACAAUAACAUUGUAAUUGUACUCAUAGUAUUUUUUUUUUAUUUAUACUUAAAUAUUUCUGGCAUAUUUAUGUAUUUUAUUACCUGGAAUUGCAUCUUAACAAACACUUUGGGAUGAAUUAGUUAUUUUGCAUAACCUAUGUAUGCAAGUCUUUCAUCAGUAUUGAAAUGGUCUCUAAUCAAAAGUUUAAUCUACAUAUUAAAGUAAUAAUAUUUUGUAGUACAGCUUUCCAUCUAAUAUGAAUUUGUAUUGUUUUGAUUCAAUAACAUGAAAGAUUAAUGUAAAAGAUGUUGCAAUAAAAGCUAUCAAGAUUUUUACUUACAUUCAAGGUUUUAAUUUUGAUGUAUUAAAGUUUUUCUUUUUUUUCAUACCUUGCUACAUGUUUAAUAUGCGAGUUUAAAAUCCUCAAUGUAAUUAAUGCAUUAUCGUUUGUUGUAUAGUUAAUUCAUAGUUCCUAUGUGUAUUUAACAUAUCAUGUAACAUAAAUGUAAGGAAAAAAGAUUCAUAUUGUAUGUUGUGCAUUGAACCUAAUUUUAUAUUGAAUUUCUCUAAAAAGUGCCUGAUGUACAUAAUGAUACCUUUUGUUAGUAGAAAAUCAUGAUAUUCAUUAAACAUAAGCAAAAAUGUUUCAUGCAAAGAAGAAACAAAAUAUCCAUUAAUUCCAAGAUUUUUCAUGUUUAGCCGUGAUUUUGACUUUUUUUUCUUUUUUCAAGGGAAAAAAUAUAGUUAUGUCAUUGUAAUAAUGUAUAUAGCAGGGGUGAAUUAGUCAGGAUUGCUCAAUCUUACUGUUCUGUUACUGCUUAAUAGAUUACCCUGAGAAAUACAUUACCCUUUCGUAUAAAAUUAGUCAUGGUGUGGGAGUCAACUCCGAGUUCAGUACUGGAAUUGACCAAUGCUGUAAGUUAUGAAAUGCAGUUAGAUUCUCACAAUGCAUCAUUUUGUUGCUUUAAAAAAUCAAGUUUUGUUUCUAUAAAGUAUGACUUAUUUACCUAUAUUAUAUGGUGUCAUAUGUUUUUUUUGCAUGUGUGUGCAAGUGAUCAUUAAACAUGUUGUAAAAUAUUAUAAUCUUACGUAAUUUUUUGCUCAACUUUUUAAGAAUAAUUCAUGUUUUAGUUUCAUUUCUUUUUUUUAACAUGUUAAGAACCGAAUUUUCAUUUAGUGAUGCCUAAUAUUGUAGUAAUAUUGCAAAAUCACAAAUUUUCUGCAUUUUCGUUAACUUAACUACUCCAAAGUACUUCGCAACAUAAAUAUUUUAUGUUGUUGAACUAAUUAGUGUUUAUCAACCUUUUUUUUUUUUUUUUUUUCACUUAUGGAACUGUUUAAAGCUUUUCUUCAAAUGCUUAUAAUUUUGAAUGGAAAAAUGAUACUGUUAUUAAAAAACUCCAAUGUUUGUUUUACUUUUCUUCUAUUUUCUUCAUUUUUGAAAUAUUGUCGGAAAUCUCUUGCAAUAAUUGUUUUGAAUUAAAUUUGUUCUAUUUUUAAUUAAACUGCCUUUUACUUCAAAUUUUCAAUUGUAAUUUCUCGUAAUGAAACUGAUCCUGUGAUAACAAAUGUCUAAGUAACUAUCUUUUAUAAAAUAAU